AACAGGAAGGAUCAGGAAGGGGCCGGCGACGGCGGGAGGAGGCUCGGCGUCCGCGAGUGCCCGUCGCGAGCAGCGGGGCCGUCGCGCGGCGGGGCCGGUUGGCCCGGGGAGGCGGCGUCGCCGCGAUGACCAAGUACUGCCGGGCGCCCCACUGCUCCAACUCGGCCGGGCAGCCGCGGCCGGACAGCCAGCGCCUCAGCUUUUACAAGUUUCCCCUGCACAACCCGGAGCGUCUUCGGCAAUGGCUUUCCCAGAUGAACCAGGAGAAGUGGCUCCCAACGAAACAUCAGCACCUGUGCAGCGAGCACUUUGCACCCUCCUGUUUUGAGUACCGGUGGGGAGUGCGCUACCUGAAGCCCGACGCCGUGCCCACAAUCUUCCGGACAGCGGAAAGCCCCGUGAAAAGGGAGACUGCUGCCUGGCCCCCCACGGAAGUGCCGGCCAAGAAGCUGAUCCUCGAGUGCCGCGGAGAGACGAGUGUGCCGGCUGCCCAAGCCAUAGGUCACCGGGAGCCAGACACCCUGGAAACCCUUGCCAUAGCCAUAGACCCCAGCAUGGCGGCCGCCCCCAUCUAUGUGGAGACCCAGCCCCCUGCCUCCGACCUCAGCUUCCAUGCCCUCUCCGGCCCCCUUGUUGGGGCUGUGAACCUGGUACCUCUGGUCCAAAUCAUGGAGCCACUCAAGGCCGUGACACUGACAGUCGCUUCCCCGGUGGAGCCCGGCCCGGCCCAGCCACUGCCGGACGCGGUGGAGCAGCAGCGGGUUGAUUUGGUGGCCUCGCUCCCGCCGCCGGCCCUGGAAGCAGCCCCGAGCUCUCCUGCCGAUGGCUCCGGCCAGCUCUGCCCGGAAGUCGCAAUGCCCUGCGAGGUGGUGCCGCUGCAGGCCCUGGUGGCCGAGCGACCGGCGGCGGAGCAGGGCGCCCUGAUCCUCGAGAAAGUCUCCAUCGAGCCAUUCCUGGAGGCGGGCCCCUCCGCCGCCGCCGUCAUGAACUCCCUGCAGGAGCCUCCCACAGAGAUGGUGGCCUACUUCGAGACGAUCCCAACGGCGCCUGCGGCCGCCGCCUCAUCCGGCGUGACUCCCCCGGAGACCCUGCUCUCCUCUGCCCUCAGCCUCCCCAUCGUGUCCACCGUGCCCAUCGUCUCCAACCAGAUGUCUCCGGAGGCAUCCCCGACCGAGGAGCUGAAGCUGGAGGAGCUGAGCUCUGCGGAGUCUCUGGACGAGCAGCUGGAGGAGCACAGCUACCACAAGAGCGAGGGCACGGCAGCAGAGCUGGUGGAGGUGGUGAUGGGCCUCCAGAGGAAGGUGAAGGUGCUCCAGCAGCGGCACCGCCGGCACUGUGCCAAGCUGGAGGCCAUGGAGGGGGUGGUGGAGCAACUCAGGAAGGAGAACCUGGUGUCGGAAGAGAAGCUGAAGCUCUUGGAGAUGGCCUGCCUGCAGUCUAGCACUAUCAUGCCCGAGAGCGGCGGGGCCGUGGCCAUUAUCUGCCAGGACAGCGACCAGGCGCUGGUCUAUGCCGUGCCUCAGCUCCCGGAAGAGGGGGGCGAGACCGUCAUCCAUGUCACAGAGCAGUAAUGUGGCGGGAGGAGGAGGGUGGCCGAGCCAGCCGCUCCGAGUCCGACCGGGCCGAGGGGCCCUUGCCGGGCGACUGUGGGGCCAGCUCCCUUCAGCUGCGGGAGUCACAGGCCCAGCGCCACUGAGCCUCUUCUGGUCUUUCCUGCCUGUGGGAUGGCCUUACUGCUGCCGCGGCACCUCACUUUGUGGCGAGGGUUUUUAUCUGAAAUGAUUGCAUAUAAAAUUAUCUCAGUGGGAGAGUAAACCCGUGGCUGUGUGUGUGCAUUUGACUUCUUCGCCCCGAGCCGUGCUGUUGCUGCUUUCGCCCGUGCCUGGUUUCCUCUGGUGUUGGAUGUCUCGCCUGCUGGCCCCUCUCCUGAGCUGUACCUUCUCAGAGGCUGAAAACAGCUGCACCGUGCCCCGGACUUUUGCAGUCCUCAUGCGUUGCUGCCUUGCUCUCCCCAGAGCCCGUCCAAAGGGCUUCUGAGAUCUGUCCGUGUUGCCCUUUCCCUCCCCUGAGCUCCAGCACGACCUGCUGCUGUGGCUGGUGGCAUCUCAGCAGCUUCCAAGCCAGCAGAAGGCAGGCAGGCACUCGGGGUCCCUCUUCCCACAGGUCAAAUGUGGGUUACCGGAGAAAUGUAACUGGAAGCCGAAGCUGUCUGGUGGUGCGUAUAGAAAAUGAUGCGAGGAGAGAGGUAGGCUAGAGAGAAACUUUCUGGUUGCAAGGACCUGCAAAAAGAGGGUCCCUUGCAUGUCACGGAAACAAUUUGCGGGACCCCAGAAGGACCUGCAGAUGUAUAGACGUGCCCAUUACCCAAGCAAGGUCAGAACCGGUGUGGAAAACAGGGUGCACAAACGUAGCGUGAGUCUUGGGAGAUCUCUGGGCGGGUUGGACUUCAGCUCCCAGAAUGCCUGGCCACUGGGCGCAUUGGCAGGGGAGCUGAAGCUCUCGGCCUCUGGAGAGCAGCCCGACUGGAACGUGCAGCAGAGGUGGGCAGGCUGCGGGCUCGAGCAAUUUUUACGGGACUGCAGAGAUCCAGCACUGGCGCCUGUGCAGAAGCAGCGCAGCGGGAGAGAGUGCAGCUCAGGCGUUCCUCCGGGCUUUUUCCAUUUGAGCUGUAUAAUGUGUGUGUGUGUGUGGGCGGGGAGGAAGUCACAUUGGUGCUGCUGCUGGACAAUGGAAAUAUCAGCACAUCUCCAGCAAGUCAUCGGGAGAGCUCUCAGAAGAAACCGAUUCAUCUGCUGCCCGUCUCUGAUCUACCGAGCUGAAAUGGUCACGAGGGGAUUCUGGUCUUCAAAGAUUCACUUUCACCGCUCUAGUUUUUCAACUGCUCAGCCGAUCGGGGGCUUCCUGAAUUGGCCAAGCUCCAGCACUUGCAUUUGUCUGGACUCUUUCAACCUUCUUCCGGCCUGGUGUGCUCCACAGGUGUUGGCUGCGGCUCCACCACCAGGCUGCAGAAGGCUGGCUCCUUGCCAUUCCUUCUGGUGCUUUGGAAACCGUUUCUGUCCCCUUGCUAUUGGGUUGGGUCGUGCAGUGCAGUGCAAAAAGCCCUGGAAGGCAAAGGGCAGGUGGAGGGAUUGCAAGCCAAGUGCACCAGCCUCCUUAGGCUGCCUGCAGGCCUCGUUCCCUCUGAACACGCAUCGGAUUGUGCCAUGAGCUUAGCAGCUUCUAGAAAGAUGCAGGCAUGUGCCAGCUCCGGCACAUUUUUAAUCUGCUUUUCUGCGUGUUUGUCAAAAUCCGAACCACUUGGCCUCCAUGACUGCGAGCAGAGAUGUGCUGCUGCUUGGGUCUGCAUCCAAGGGUCUGGUUUCUGGCCUCUGGGCCAACAGCCACGACAGAUGCUUCCACAUCACAAGAGCCAGGCCAGAGCAGCGCUUUGUCUUGUUCAGUAGCCAGGCAGCGACCUCUGGGAAGCUCACUCCCAGGGCGUAAAGCAGCCCCAGCCCAGCAACUGGCCUUCGGAGCUGGACUGCCUCAGAACAGAAGUGACUCCUGUCGGCAGAUGUAACCUGGGAGGCAUGUCGUCUCCUCUGCACCUGCAGCUCGUUGACCCAGUGGAGCAUCUUCCAGCAUCUUUUAGGCGCCCUCGGCUCGAGGGUUCGCUCCUGUGAUUGCACCUCAUACAGUAUUUUUGUCCAGUUGGCAGCAUCUAAUGACGUGUCCUGCGUGAUUGAACACACAACCAUGGUGAUCAAUUGUCUUAUUAUAAUUUAAGUCUUCAGGGAUUUUUUUUUUUUUUUUUAACAUGAGCCUCUGUGAUUGAAAACUAACCCAGGGAUUGGAGGAAAACCUAACUGAACAUUGACAGAUGACACUGUGAUUGUAGAGAGGAGAGGACUUCUGUGCUAAUGAUUUUGUCUUUAACAGCGCUGUAAUGAAAAAAGAAUAAAUGGAAUAUAUUGAAAA